AUGGGCUGCCCCGAAGAGAAUGUAAACAUUGGAAACCAUUCCACGCUUCAAUCACAAGGCAAGGUUAUUGUGAUAAUUAUGAUUAUUCAACAGUCAGUUGUCACGACAACUUUGACGAGCCGCGUAGCCCUGAGGUUUCCCAAAGUGCUCCUUCUUAUUCACACAUGUACCGGUAGCCACUCAAUGAUGACUUGGUUACUUCUCGUGGUGAUUUCGGCAAUUCUAGAAUUGUCUGCAGUCUUCCUCAACGUUCGAUUGCUCUUAUUUUGCUUCAAAGACGAGGAAAGGUACAAGUUUCUUCAGAAGGGUAGAGUUUUAGUCAUUUUACAGUUUGUUUGCCAAGUUACAAUUCUUGUCGCGGACGCUAUAAAAUGGUGGAAUGGAUUCAAUGUACAACUCAGUGAGUCGUGUGAUGUCCUUAGAGUCCUGUCACUUUCUUUGAUGUUCUUCCAGCCUUGUAACUUAACAGCAAUCAUGACGGUCUGUUGUUCCUGUGAAGAUAACGCGACACAGAAAACCCAAGAGUUAUCAUCUAAACUACGAAUCGGCGCAGCUCUAACGCUAGGAUUUAUCGGUUCCUGCCUGAUCUGGUGGAAUGGUUGCGUUAAUGACGGAUAUUCCUCUCAGUUUGCUCUCAAAUUCAUCUUCGUUGUGACCACCACAUAUGUCGUUUCACAAUUUGGCGUGGCUUUAAUCGGAGACAAAGGUCUUUAUCAAGAAGAACCCCUUACAGACGCCACAUCUGAAGAAAAAGCGAACGCUUUGGGCAUGUGGACAAAAGGUAGACGGCCCCUAUUCAUGACAGCCUUGAUGUUACUUUUCCUUAUUAUUAUCCUGAGCGGAAAACCAAGUUCUGGUUCACUUUUAUGCCGCCACGACUCAGACGAAGAAACGCUUUGCACGGAGCUUGUUUAUUCAUUCAUAACCAAGUUUGCCGUCGGUAUCUUUCUACCUAUGACCCUGCACGAUUUGAUCGAUUCUAGCUACGAAGGGAACAAAGUAAAAACUUUAACACUAAAUGUUAUUUGA